AGACAGAGGUGACGUCAGCAUCAACAACACAGAAGCGAUGGCUAAUGACAAGAAUUCUCUUGGCCAGCUCAAGGACCUGGUGGAGUUGAAGGACCAGCUGGAGGACAUCCAGAGACGUAUGGAGGACGAGAUACAGGCUGGGGUUCCUCCAGGAGGCAGUCUGCUCGCCUCUCCUUUCCUGAAGGGUUUCCUGGCCGGGUACGUCGUCGCCAGGCUGCGCUCCUCAGCGUUGCUCGGUGUUGCAGUAGGAACCUGCACGGGGAUCUUCGCAGCACAAAGUUAUGCUGUUCCCAACAUAGAAACCACCGUCAAAGACUACAUCAACAACCUGAAAGCAGGACGCAAGUCAGAUGAUGACAAGAAAAGUGGGGGAGGAUGAGAGACAUCUACAAGAAGAGGGCACCAAUACAGCUACAGACGGGAACAGAUACGUAUUUCAAAAGUUAUUACAUUGUUACACAAAGAUGAGUAAAUAGGAAAAUUGUUUUCUGUCAGACCGCUUUUAGAGAUGAGGUUAAAUAUAUUUGUUUCUGUUUUAAAUUCAUCCAAAUCUGGUUCAUUUCAACUAUUGUUACAUGGGAAAUAUCAAAACACAUUUUGUGGUCUACGACUUAAAUUGAGGGAAAUUUGAAAUCCUUAUAGCUGAUGAUUUCUGAUCCCAAGUUGUACUUAAAACUACAAUAGGUCCUUAGCAAAUUCAUUAGACCAACAUAUGGUCUCAGUAAGUGUCAAGUAGUGUUUUAAAGCAGUGUUUCUCCACCAUUUCAAGUCACGUCCUACUGGUAAAAUCUGACUAGAUGAAGUCUCAAAUAUAUAAUUUUAUUUUGAAUAUAUGUUUUUUUAUUUUUCUCCACAACCUUCUUUUAUAGCAGCUUUAAAUAUAAAGUACUUGAAACCCUUGGGGGAUCAACUCACAACACAAGGUGAUGCUUUCUGUAGAAGCUGUAAAAAAUCUUCAUGUGGUUAUAGGUCAAAUGUUUGUUGCUGAAUAAUUUCUAUUUUGAAUUGUAGACCUCGUCUCUGGAGACGUUCAUGAAACAUCACUUUAGGUUUACUUCAGAGACCUUUCGUAUUUAUAAUGGUAAAAAAGACUCUAAUAAAUAUAAUAGUUUAUGUAAAAAAACAAAAUCAAGAGCUUGGGAGAUAGUUAGUAGAUCGUCAGAUGAAAAUACAAACAUAAACUAAAUGUAGUUUCUUGUUGCACUUUGGAAUUCGAACCAAACCUAGAAGUGUGUGUUUAAGUACUUUAUGUAAAACAUAUAUCAACAGUGCCUACGCUGUGUGGACUUGAUAUGAAUAUCUCAUGCCAUGUGUGCAAUAGCCUCUUCCUGCUGGGUUUUGGCUGCCUAUUUCAUAUGCUGGAGACUGAUUAUUUUGCACUUCGGAAAUUUUAGGAUUGAAAGCUGUUUCGUUAUUGUACAGAAAUCACGGAUUGAACUAUGAAAAGAAAAUCAAUGAAAUGCUGACUAUUCAAUUUAUUUAAAAUGUGGUGUAUGUGUCACAUGUUUGGUGUAAAGUACUUUCUGCAAGGUUUUCUUUUUCUUUUUGAGGAAGAGAAAUUUUAACUAUUAAAUUGAUACACAUUAAUCUUGAUUAAUAAUGUCCUUUACCAAGCUGUUAGGACAAUAAUCUGAAACCUAAUGCAAAUCAGAUUGGAAUUGGAAAUUGGAAAUCAAAAAUUAUGUUUUAUUUGUAAAGAGAGAGAUGAAUUUGUUUGGUUUCAGGGAGUUCGCUCUGUUUAUUAUGUAAAGGGGAACAACCUAAAGAAGUAUGUGUUUUUCUCCACCUUUAAUUUUCAACUCUGUUAUUUGAGAUACAAGUGUUUCAUUGUAAAUGAGGCCAUGUUCCCGGAAAAAUAUGUAUAUAUGUAAACCUGAGAGUAUAUACUGAUUUAAGAAAAUAACACCUUGUCUACGCAUCUUGACACAUUAUACAAAGAAUUCUUAUCAAAGCAAAGAAAUACACAUAAAUAGAUAUAAAAGAUAAAUAUUUUGCACUAAGAUGGAUUUUACCUUUUACAUGACAUUCGUUUACGGAGGUACUGUGUAUUGUUGCCAUUGACUUUAACGCACAUUGCUGAUCUGCACAGUCUCACCUGUGUUACGUUUUAGCCAAAAAGCCAUAGAUGAGAAACCGAGUUUAUUCUGAGGUUUUGAUCACUUUAGUUUUUACUUUAACUGGAAAGUGUGAUGGAAAAUAUACAAAGUGUAUGUUUGGUAACUGGAACACAUAAACAACUUGUGCCUAUUGACAAUCAUUGUGUUGUUGUCCUUAUAUUGCAUGCUUUUAUUUUUUUUUAUUUCCUGUUCAUCAUUUGUUUGCUUGUUUUAUCUUGUUCUUUAUUCAAUAUCUUACUUUAAAUCUUUAUGUGCAGUGGAGUCAGUGCCAGACGGGUCAGUCGAUGGUUCUUUACUUAACUGUUUCUACGAAAGAUUUUCACUCCUGCACGUCAACGCAGGAGUUAUCAACUUGACAAUGUGAAACUCCAUCACAACUUUGUAAAAGAAAACUAGUGAAACUGUCUGUCCUUAUUUUUCAUUUGUGUUCUUCGAAUAAAGCCGGAAAAUACAGUUUA